CUGGAACGAGGAAUGGCGGAUAUUGCUCACACCACGGGUUUACGGCAAGGCGUAAAAUGAUGUCGUAACAGGAAGUAGGUAGCCGAUUUACACCAUUGGUGAAACGCCAUGGAUUUUAUGUUGUGGUGUCUGUGCAGAAAUAAAGCGACAGAGACCUAGCGAUGUAACAGGCAUGUUAAGAAAGCAACAAAGAACGGUAGCAGCAGAAAUGGCGUUCUUUACUUUUAGCUCAAUUGGUCUUCUAGGUGAAAUCUCGGGAGAAGACUUCCAAGCUGGAGCACACGAUUCGGUCCUUAACGUUCUCUCGUUGACCGCAAAUGAUCCCCUCAAUAGCUUUAUAGAAAUCUGGUACUCGGUGUUUUUGUGGUCCUUGUUUUCAUCCCUGGCAGUUCAUGUGGGAGCGUGUUUAAUCGCCAUCUGUCGACUUCGUAAACACCGCGUUGGUCGCUGGAUUCCUAUUGGGAUCGUUGCCAUGGGGAUCAUCUCUCCAUUGACAGGAGGUGCUAUCUGCAGUGCAGCUAUUGCAGGUGUUUACAGGGCUUCAGACUUUCACAUGCACCCGUACUAUGCACUUGUGUGGGGUAUUGGACAAACUGUGGCGGUCAUUAUCAUAUCUUUCUCUAGGAUUUUGGCUACUUUAUAAUGGAUACCUGGACAGCUUUUGGUGUUGCAGAAUGAAAAAUCAUUUUAUGAUGAGUGGAACAUGACUAUAUUUUGCACAGCUACAAACUUACAAUUAAAAAUGUUUAGCAAUUCCAAAAAGUAAUCAUGAUGACUGCUCUUGGGUUGUAACCCCAUAUUUAGGCUAUAAUGUGGACCUCAUAUUAUGUUUGUGCUUAUGCAUGCAUUUCUGGCAAGACAACUAAUUUUUAUUAGUAAUUAAGAGAUUAUGUGCUAAAGGGGAUAAAUCCCAAACUUGUAGAUGAAUCUUAGCAUUUACAAAAAUGUACAGUUACAUCAAAUUGUUACAAGUGUUGUGAUUAUUAUACUGUGUAAUUGUUUUUGAGUGGGGGAGGGAAGAAAUUUAUUGCAGUACUAUAUGGGCUCUUAAGUAUUAGAAAUUUCAAACUUGUGAAAACCCCUUCAUUCCAAAUUUUUGUCCUCAUUUCUGAAUUGUAUAACUGAAUAAAAUGUAAAUAUAAAGACAUAGCUCUUCUUUGACAUAACAUUGCACAUCACACAGGUAUGAUAAUUGCCUCCAUAUAUAGGGUAAGCCUUAUGAAUACUUUUUCCGGAACUGUUCAUAUAGAUUUCUGUGAUAUUGCUUGCAACGAGUAGUUAAAAUCCAACUGGAUGGAGUGUUGUUGACAAAGUAUCAAAUAGGGCUUGAAUUUUUCAUCUCAUUAUAUUCAGCUCACAAAAUAUUUUAACAUGCAGUUCUCUAUUAUUCUAAAUGUUGCUAAUGAAAAUGUGUAGAGAAAAACGAUGAAAAAAAAAUGUUUUUGGUGCUACUGUAAGAUAGUGCAUAUAGGACUAGUUUUGGAUGAGUACUUCAUUUUUACCGAUAUGGCAUUUGCUGUCAUCUUUAGUUUUGUCUUGCAAAUGACAGAGGGGAUACUUGAUGGCAGUGUAUUAGAUUUCGUUAUGGGAGUAGACUGAUUUGUUAGAUUUAUUUUUUUUAAUAUUAUUGCAUAUUCUUUCAAAUAUUUCAUGUGAGAAUUCAUUCUCCAGAAAAAGAGCACUUACCUAGGAAGUCUAGGCUUGUGGUCUUAUUUUGGUUGUGAACUGUGUCAUUGUAAUACAAAUUGUACCUAGGUCAUGAUGAUUAUUCAUUGUAACCAGUUGGCCUUGCUUACUUGAAUGGGUCGUACCAUCAGUAUCCAUGUUACAGCACUUCAACAACCCAAUCUUACCCGAUCAAGAAUUGCCUUUUUCUCCCCCACCUAAAAAAAAAAAAGACACCUUCUCUUGAAA